AUGAUGACAUAUAACAAUCAAAACUAUCCUUUCUUUCGUGUACCUGGUAUUAUACUUAGUUGUUUAGUACUUUUAUUUACUACGGCUUUAUUAUCAACAGAACUUGGACGUCUUUAUUCAGGUUCAAAUAAUCGUGGACGAAAUGAUUCCAAUGAAGCAUUUCAAUAUUCAAUAUUUUCUGAUACAAUAGUUGGUUUCAAUGGAAAUAUUAUAAAUCCUAAACUAGAGAAUCGUUGGGUGUGGCCAUGGUCAACAGCUACAUUAUUAUUUAGUUUUAUAUUUUUUACAACAGGCAUAGUGGGUAUCAUCAGUAGUCAAAGACAAAACUAUUCAUCUAUUUUAACAUUUUUUAUUUGUUCACUAUUUUCAAUAUGUUUGUUAAUAUUUUUAAUAGCAACAUAUUCAACAAUAAUUGUAGGCUGGAAAAGUAUUUAUGAAACAAAUGAAGAAGAUUCAAUACCAAGCUUUGUGCGUAUUGACAAGAAUUUAUCAAUUGUCUGUUUAGCAAUUUCAUGUGGGUUAUUUAUUAUCUUAUUAAUAAGUCUUAUUUUAGCUGGUAGAAUUAUUAAUGCUUGUACACGAAAAGGCAUUCCCAGAGUAAUUAAUACAUAUGAACACGUAUCAGGAUAG